AUGAGAGUGAAGUUCUUAUUACUUGUUCAAGUUUUCAUCAGUUACAGUAGCAGCGAGACUACACUACGCGCAAGGUUCAACCAGAAAACUUUCUUAUUCUCAGCUUCAUUUGCAAAGAAUGUCUUGCAAAACAAAAUGAAAACGCUGGCAUUACCCUCACAGACCGUAUCGUUUGGGUCAGGAUCAGUUGAGAUAAAAAAGUUAAAAGUGGAGUCAUUUGAAAGCCCUGAUAUUAGGAUUUCUUUGGUUGCUCCAAAUGGUCUCAUAUUCAGCACCAGCGGUGGCUCGGUUGCAAUAAGUGGUUCCUGGGACGCUGCAUAUAGAAUUCUUUGGACUAUGUAUAUCUCGGGUGAUUUAUCAGUUAAAAUCAGUGGUAUCAAAACACUGACGCGGGUAAAUAUGCUGUCACAGAAAGGAAAACUUCAGUUACAUUUCGAAGAAUGCCAACUGAAGAUUGGAAAUCUAAAUUUGAAAUUAUAUGGAGGAAUAGGAAGUUGGAUUGCAAAUUAUUUCACGAGUGGUGCUGAAAAUGAUAUCAAAAGAUCAAUAGAAAAAGAUGUUUGUAAAAAUGUACGAGAUAACAUUGAGCAUUUAAACAAAGAUUUGUGGUCAAUAAAAGCACAAACCAACGUGGUCGAUAAUGUAUAUCUCAGUUAUCAUCUGCUGGAAGAUCCCAAGAUCACAAAAAAUUUCAUUCAGUUCGAUUUUUCUGUUUAUGCAACUUUUGGAAGAAGAAAAUGUUAUUUACAAUCAGAAGGAAAAUCAAUAAACAAUAAUCGACAAAUCAUUUCGAAUCAUAUGAUCGUAUUGUGGUUUGGUGAGCCUAUGAUAAAUUGUUAUCUAAAGACAUGGUAUGAAGCAGUGAACCAUCAUGUGUAUAUCUCAGAUAACAUCGAUACUAGACGAUUCCGCGAUUUGUUCAAUGUAAAUUGUACAAAAACAAGGAACUGCACCGGGAGAGUUAAUGAUCUGAAUAAAGUUGAGCUGGACAUUCAAUUGAUGAAAGCACCGCUUCUACGUGCCGAAAAUGGAAUUUAUAUAGAAACAAGCAUGAAAAUCGUUUUUUAUCGAUCGCCAAAAAAUUCAGACAGUCUUAAAUUGACGGAGCUAAGUAAAUUUUUACAUUUUUAUAAUCUAAGUAAUUCAGUAGUUUGUGAUGUUGAUCGAUAA